AUGUCUGGCUUUUCCAACCUUCCGUCCGUCUUUGCAAUUAGAAGAGUCAUUUAUGGUUUCAUUGAUCUAGUUUAUGAGAAGAAUGGAAAAACUGGAGAACAUUUAAUCACUCCGCCACUCACAAGUUCUCAACAAUGUGUGGUCUACAAUAAUAGAAUGUACAUUUUCGGAGGACGAAGCGACUCUGAUCAAGUAUUUAUGUACGAUAUGCUUGAUAAUUUGCUCUUCCGACUAAAUGUUGUGGGGACACCUCCUAAGAUUAGAUUAUAUCACAACAUGAGCUUGGACAAGAGUAGAAAAUGCUUUUAUUUAUUCGGAGGAGUUUCUACUAAGAAUUCUUCUACGUAUUACGGAGAUCUUUUUAAAUUUGAUCUAGAAAGAUAUGCUUGGUCAGAAAUUACUCCUACUAUCCAAAGAGAUGAGUCCAUUCAACAUGAAUGGCUGUCAAGUCGAUUUCCUGAAAAUUACAACUAUGUUUCUUCGAUAGACAGUAGAUCUGGUCACGUUGGUGUAUAUAGAGAUCGUGAAGAUUGUCUUGUUAUUUUUGCUGGCCUCAAGAAUGGCCAGAAAACAAGCGAUAUUAAUGUUUUUUCAUUCACAGAACAGAGUUGGUAUUUGUACAAACCAUACAACGAUUCAAUUGUGUCGCCAAGAUCAUAUUGUAAUGGUCAAUACUGCCCUGGUACAGACGAAUUAGUAGUUUUUGGAGGAGAUACUCCAGCCUCUCUCACUGGCGACACGUUUAUAUUGAAUUUUACCACUCAUUUAUGGACUAAAUUACUUGUCCAGGAUCCAAAUGAUACUCUGCACACAUUCCCAAAGGUAUUCGGUCAUACCUCUAUUUUAUUGGACAUCAAAGAGCUUGGACAUGUCUUAAUAGAACUGGAAUUGAAUUUCCAAAGCUCAAUUGUUGCUGCUUGGGAUUUUCUGGAAACUCACUAUUUUUAUAUGGAGGAAGAAACGAACACAAUCAAAAAUCUAACCAACUUUAUUCCAUGGGAUUAA